UUGACCCGCUUCGUCCGAUGGUUUAGUCAAAAGCCGCAACACGUAGCCCCUCCAAUCUCGCCCUCCCUCCCCAAACCCGAACCCUAGAGAGGCGGCGCCCCCCGCAGCACGCGCAUCGAGAUGCGGCCGCGCGGCAGAGGCGACGACGCCGAAGACGACGACGACGACGACGAGUACGAGGACACCACGCCGCCGCGGAGCACGCCGGAGGCCGAGGCGGACCCGUCGCCCGCGCCGCCGCAGCCCGCGCGCGCCCCCCUCAGCAGCCUCGUCGUCAGGCCGCCGCAGCAGGAGAACGGGGGAUCCUCCCCGCCCUCCGCCUCCCGCACCGCCCGCUCGUCCUCCCCCGCCGGCGGCAGCCUCCGCCGCGGAUCUCCGCCCCCACGCCGCGGGCGCGACUUCUCGCCUCCGGCUCCGGCCCCCCGCGGGUGGGAGAGGCGCCGGUCGCCGCCUCCCCCAGAGAGGCGCCGUCCUGGGAGCCCCCCGUCCCAGCGCCGCCGCUUCAGCCCGCCCCGGUUUCAGCCUCCUCGGCACUCGCGCUUCCAUGACGAACCGCAAGGAUAUGGAAUGCAUUCAGGCCCUUCACCACCGCGCCCGCGCAGACAAGAAGCCAGCACUUUUGAUGGUGCUGUUGGUCCACGUUACACCCGAGGAUAUCAAGGGGGUGGUAGAGGAGGUGCAAGGGUUCGAGAGGGUUCUCCACCAUAUCAAAGAGGGGGCAGGUCAUAUGGGAGGGGCUAUAGUGCUCCUGGAAAGGAUUUCAUUAAUAUUGAUGGAGAAUAUGUUCACAGGAAUGAUCCGAAUUUGUCACCAAGAGAAGGCGAUUGGAUAUGCCAGAAUCCAAAUUGUGGUAAUCUCAAUUUUGCUCGGCGCACUCACUGUAACAACUGCAACAAGUACCGCUAUGCACCUGAAGUAUAUGAACCUAGCCGCAGCCCUCGCACAGGUUACUUCAGCCCUCCACGAGGGCCUCCAAGGACUGCUGCUCCACCAGGCGAUCGCGCCCCUCCAAGAGAAAUGGCCAGGUACAGAUCACCACCUCAUGGUUGGGGUGUGGGUGAUCCUAGGGGAUAUGCAGCUCGAUCCCCCCCAGAUCGUGCAGGACGAUUUACAGAACCAUCGCUUAAGGAAAGAAUGGGCUUCCGUGGUAAGUGUGAUAUGAGGGACCGGGUGAAGUUUGAUUGGUCUGCCACUGACGACUACAGCCGGAGGGAGCCACCGCAUGAUGGGUUGUAUGCUGACCGGAGCCGUCGUCGAUCAGGGUCUCCUCGUGGUAAUUGGGGGAAUGGUCCGCUCGACAGAAGCCGAUCUCCCCGGAACAGACCAAUGAAGAGUUCUUUCACAGGCAGAGGUCAACCUGACAACUAUGGCGAUCCAUAUGUAAGCCGAGGCAGACCUAACAAUCUGGAGGCUGGCCGCGGGCGUGGCCGUGGUGGGUAUAGACCAGGAGGCGGUCCAUACCCUGGCGAGGGUCGAGGUGACCGACGUGCUGCUCCUGCUCCCCGUGGUAGGAAUGAAGACGGCUACUAGGUCAUCAUGUGCUGGUUAGGGGUCGCAUUUUGUCAUCUAUUAUCUGGAAAGGAAAACCUAGUCAAGCUGGAACUUGAGAUCAUCUGCAGCAUGUAAUAUUAAAGAUUCCGUACUGUGUCCUGAACCAUGGUAACUGUGUCUUGCUUCUUGUUUGGACCUGCAGUAAGGUUACAAUCGACUUCUCUCUUUAGACGCUUGAUGUAUCAGUACAUCAACAUUGAAAGGCCAUUUCGGAGAUGAACAAGUUCACUUGUCUGUCUGUUGGAUGCUGAUAUCGGUCGUGAGUACUUUGGCUGUUUGGUCAUGUCAGAUCGAUUAUUCGAUUCUCUUACUGGAUUGGUACAUCCCAUAGAGGCAGAGAAAAGAACGGGUUAUUGGGCAUUCUCGUUGCUGGCUUGGUCGGUUGUACUGCAGAGGGCAAAUUGGUAUCGUCAGUUGUCUCUGAAUGUUCAUCCGAUACUACAGUAAGACAUUGGAGGUUCAACACUGACGAGGGCAGAAGCAUGAAUGGGCAUUUGGGAGCACAUUUUUCUUGGCAUGUGUUUUGUUGUUUCGUGUUGAUGUGCGCUGCUCGUUAGGUUUAAUUAGUGUAGCUAUAACUGAAGGCUAGAGAGUAGCACUGUAGCAGAGCUCGCUGUCGUGAGCAAUGAAGCCCGGUUUUGGCUGAUGGUUCAUAGUGUUAUUCGUUUUUA